UAAGUUUAUAAUAAGAUCUGUCAAAAAACCUAGUAGAGAAUGUGUAAAAAGUAUUGCCUAACUUCCCUGGCCAAUAGCCAAAAUAAUGCAGACCAUUCUGUCAAAAUAAGAAUGUAUUAUUUGUUGUUCGCCACAAGGUGGCAGCACGUGUGCCGCGCCCGGGGUUCCUUCCGCGGUCAAUCCGGUCCUCGAGAGUGGAGAGUUCCUCGAAUUCGAAUUCGAUUUUAUCGCCAGUACGCCAGUCGAAGUCAGUUCGUCGUCGAGUGCGAGUAGUGGUGGAGCAUAGCAAGUUGAUAGGCCGCCUUCGACACUGUUUCAGCUUGAUUGUGAUCCAUGUUUUCAUUCAUAUCUUCCUGCCGCGUGCCUUCGUAGAUCUGGAAACGGCGAAUGCCCAGCGUAAUGUACGGACUCGCCCUCGGUUCGCUCGAAAAUCGGACGGUUGCGUUGUGAAUAUUUGAAUAAAAACCCCAACCGACAUAACCUAAACGGCCACAGCCAGCUGUUGGGACUGCGAAUCGCGGUCGGCCAGGUAAAGCGGGCUUCGUUUUCGGGGGUACUUUGACUGUUUUAUUGACUGUUGUGACGUUGUCGUUUCGUUCGUAAAGUGCUGAUUGUACAUUUUCAUAUCGACUCGAAAAUGCAGGGAUUUACACCGUCUCGUGAUGGACUUUUGCAAAUCGACGACGACCUGCUGUCGUCCUUGAUCCAGAAGGAGAACAUCACCGGCGUUUACGAUUUGGACAAAACACCCCUUGGCAGAGGAAAGUACGCGACGGUAUGGAGGGCGGUGCACAAGAAGACGGGCACUGCGUACGCGGCGAAGUUCGUGAAGAAACGACGUCGAAAUCAGGACCAGAUGAAGGAGAUCAUCCACGAAAUAGCGGUGUUGAUCAAGUGCAAAUCGACGAACCGCGUCAUUCGUCUCCACGAGGUGUACGAGUCCGUUACCGAUAUGGUCUUGGUCCUCGAAUUGGCCGCUGGCGGCGAACUCCAGCACAUACUGGACGGUGGAGAAUGCUUGAAAGAGGUUGAAGCACGUAAAUCCAUGAAGCAAAUAUUGGAAGGCGUCGCCUACUUACACGACAAUAACAUUGCACAUUUGGAUUUGAAACCCCAAAAUUUAUUGCUAUCUGAACAAGACAGCUGUGACGUGAUAAAACUCUGUGAUUUUGGAAUUUCCAAAGUACUUAUUCCUGGCGUAUCAGUCCGAGAAAUAGUUGGUACUGUCGAUUAUGUAGCGCCAGAAGUCCUGAACUAUGAACCGAUCGUCCUAUCGACGGAUAUUUGGUCCAUAGGCGUUUUGGCCUACGUCCUACUGUCUGGUUUCAGUCCAUUCGGCGCUGACGAUAAACAACAAACGUUCCUCAACAUAUCGCGAUGUUCCCUUUCGUUCGAAAGCGAACAUUUCGGAGACGUCUCCAGCGCCGCGAUAGAUUUUAUAAAAAGUGCCCUUAUCGUAAACCCGAAAGAUCGACCGAACAUACACGAAAUGCUCGAUCACCCUUGGAUAUCGCUGAAGAGCAACAUCCCGCCCGCCCUAACCCUGAAGCCAUGCGAUCACAUAAACCAAUCGAACAACGUGGCGCCGAAAUCGACGCCGCUCAGUCAAAGGAAAUCGUUCAGCUGCGUCGCCGACGGGGCGCCGAAGUCGCCGGUCCAACGUAAGACGACGGCCUUUUGUUCGGACACGUUGUCCGGCAGCUUCACCGACACGUCGCCGGUGCGCACCUACGCUGUAUCGGCCAAUUGCUUGUGUUCCCAAUGCGGUACGACCUGUCGCCACAUCCCGCACACUCCCGUCACCAAAACUACCAUUACCAUCGACCGGGGAAUCCUGUGCUAGCAGAGAGAGCGGCGCGAAGCGAGCACAUUAGGUAUCACUGCGGUUUAUUCCUUGGGAUCGGUCUGAUGUUGUUUUUGGGAACGAUUCUGUGGAAUCUGCCGUACGUAUUCUCGGUCCGAGACCAUUACAACAAAUAGCACAUUUGUCGGGCGGGUGACGAUUCGAUAGCGGCUCGGUGCUUCUUGUAGCCGUAAGAUAGGAAGAAAUUCUGUUUUGUAUGGGAUAGAAUUCAUUAUGAUUUUAAGAUUACUGUUUAAAUUAAAAAUAUAUUUUAAAGAAGGGCGCCGUUAUUGAAUCGUACGUAACGUUACGAGUGCAUGUCAAUUACCAUGUGUGAGCUACUGGUGUUUUUCGCAAGUACAACAAAAAUUAAAUCCAGAAAGCGUUUUUUUUUUUUUUAUAAGUCAGCGAUUGUAAUUUGACAUUUACUUAAUCAUUAUGCAAAUAUUUGUGCUAUUUGUAUUGGGAUGUACAGAAUGUCUUGUCUAGAUAUUUGUAUCGAUCGCUCUUUUAUGGGUACCCUUGUCUUAAACUUAAAUAUUUAAAACUCCACUUCUGGUAUUACAUAAUGAUGCACCAGGUAAUUUUAACGAUUUUCUUGAUCGUAGUACCAAUGAUUUAUCAUAAGUAGUACCAGAAGGAAUGUUUUGAGGAUUACAGAAACUACUUUAGAUAGCCCUUCUAAAAAAAUAUUUAGACAGGACAAGUGCUAUUUGUAUUUAAGUAUGAGUAAUUUAUAUUAUUUUGUUGCUUUAAUUUACUUUAAUUUGGUGUGUACCUCAAUAAAGGUAUUUGUUAAUUUCAAUUAUUUUUUGACUGAACGAUGACCGUUAAAUAAUUAAAUAAUCCGGACCAUUUUUUAAUCUUAAAUUUGUUGUGUUCAAUUGCAAUGGUAUUUGUCGAACUUACAUGUCUGCCGAAACUGCGACCCCGAAGAUCAAUUUACUUAAGGUAAUAUCACCCUGUACAUCAGUUUUUGUUUUUUAUAAGAUAAAAACACAUUGUACAUUAAAUGUAAUCUCGCUGUCAUUAGUUUAGAUUUUUUUAAAUUAAUUUAAUCAUUUCUCGGUGUAACACAUUCAUACAGGAAU